AUGCCAGGGCUGGGCACACCCAAGGGCAUCCGUUUCUCUGAAGUCACUGAUACCUCUGCCACCGUACACUGGGCAAUCCCCAGAGCUCGAGUGGACAGCUACCGUGUCAUUUAUGUCCCUGCUCAGGGAGGUGAGUACAUACAGAUAUAGCUAUACUAUACAUACCAGUGGAGGCUGCUAAGGGGAGGACGGCUCAUAAUAAUGGCUGGAACGGAUCAAAUGGAAUAGCGUCAAACACAUAGAAACCAUUCCACCCCAGCCAUUUCCACGAGCUCGUCCCACCCCAAUGAAGGUGCCACCAACCUCCUGUGAUACAUACCUAUACUGUACAUACAGUGGCUGCAAAACCAGGGGUAAGUCAUUGACACAUGUGGUGUGGUCAUAUGGAAUUAAUGUUCUCUGUAAAGAGAACUGAUCUAUCCUGCCAUCUAGUGGCUGUUCUGUCUAUUUGAGAGGAUGUGUCAGUUUGAAAGCAGGGAGUCAACACAACUUUGAUGUCAACUGCUUCAUUACUGGUUCACUAUUUCACCUCACUACUUGAUGAUAAUGAAAACAUUCUAUGAAGUUAAUACACAUAAUGCUUGAAAACAUCCUUUUUAAUGCCGUGUAUUAUAAUACACUAAUCAUUUGUUAUGACACUGACUUUGUAUACAGAAUCAGACGUCUGACUGACCUUUUGACCGUCCAUGUCUUCAUGUGUGUGUGUGCAGGCGCUCCCAAGACUGUGACAGUGGGUGGAACUGAGUCUCAGACCGUGUUGCCCAACCUGACCCCUGGAGUCACCUACCAGGUGACCGUCAUCUCUGUGAAGGGACAGAAGGAGAGUGAGCCAGGCUCCAGCAGCGUCACCACAGGUGUGGGUCACACCUGUUCACAACACAAGAUCUGCAUCCCAAAUGGCACCCUAUUCCCUAUAUAGUGCACUACUUUUGACCAGAGCCCUAUUUGGGAUGCAGCCAAGACUUUGGUUUAUGUUAACGCAAGACUACAUACACAUACUUUAGACACUGAGUGUGCAAAACAUGAAGAAGACCUUCCAAAUAUUGAGUUGCACCCCCUUUUGCCCUCAGAAAAGCAUCAAUUCGUCGGGGCAUGGACUACAAGGUGUCAAAAGCGUUCCACAGGGAUGCUGGCCCAUGUUGACUCCAAUGCUUCCUACAGUUGUGUCAUGUUGGCUGGAUGUCCUUUGGGUGGUGGACCAUUCUUGAUGCACACGGCAAACUGUUGAGCAUGAAAAACCCAGUAGCAUUGUAGUUCUUUACACACUCAAACCGGUGCGCCUGGCACCUACUACCAUACCCCAUUCAAAGGCACUUAAAUAUUUUGUCUUGCCCAUUCACCCUCUGAAUGGCACACAUACACAAUCCAUGUCUCAAUUGUCUCAAGGCUUAAAAAUCAUUUUUAACCUGUUUCCUCCACUUCAGCUACACUGAUUGAAGUGAAUUUCACAGGUGACAUCAAUAAGGGAUCAUAGGUUUCACCAGAUUCACCUAGUCAGUGUGUCAUUCCUAAUGUUUUGUACACUCAGUGUACAUCAUCACAACAACGAUAGGUUUGUCUUGGUAUGCUCUACAGAAAUGGUUGGAUUCAUUCAAUAUUUCUAAAGAAAGCAUCAAACAUUUAUGAUGGUAACACGUCUCUAAAGGCUGAGCGCGUAGCCUAUUGGGAAAGCUGUUAGUGUGUACAGAUGGAGCAUGGCUGGGGGUGGAUAGGCUUUGUGUUUCCGUUCAACAACAGAACAUGGCUCUAUCCUUGGGGAGGUGUUUGAUGUGGUUCUGCUCAGAGUAACCAUCGUGUGUGUGUGUGUGUGUGUGUGUGUGUGUGUGUGUGUGUGUGUGUGUGUGUGUGUGUGUGUGUGUGUGUGUGUGUGCGUGUGUGUGUGUGUGUGUUCUAUGUGACAGCUCUGGACAAGCCCCGUGGCCUGACUGCAGUCAACAUCACUGACACUCAGGCUCUGCUCCACUGGCAGCCUGCCAUCGCCACUGUAGACGGAUAUGUCAUCACCUACAGUGCAGACACUGGUACGGUAUCACAAACACACACACACCAUCUGGAUGUACUGUACUGUAUAUUACAAGGGAUUAUGGGAGAAAAGGCAUUAGGCCUCCCAUUGCGUGUGUUGUAUGUUCCUUCAUUGUUUGGAUUUUAGAAGAGAUCUAAAUCUUCAGAUUGCUUUAAUCUCCUUACAGUAUAUUGUAGACAGAUGCUGAUCGGGUCCUUACUGUAAGGAUAUUCUCCUUUACUGUCUCUGUCUCUGUCUGUCUCUGUCUGUCUCUGUCUGUCUCUGUUUGUCUCUGUCUCUGUUUGUCUCUGUCUGUCUUUUUCUCUCUGUCGGUCUUUCUCUGUCUCUGUCUUUCUCUGUCUCUCUCUGUCUUUCUCUGUCUCUCUCUGUCUUUCUCUGUCUCUGUCUCUGUCUUUCUCUGUCUGUCUCUGCCUGUCUCUGCCUGUCUCUGUCUGUCUCUGCCUGUCUCUGACUGUCUCUGCCUGUCUCUGACUGUCUCUGCCUGUCUCUGACUGUCUCUGCCUGUCUCUGACUGUCUCUGCCUGUCUCUGACUGUCUCUGCCUGUCUCUGACUGUCUCUGCCUGUCUCUGACUGUCUCUGACUCUCUUUGUCUGUCUCUGUAUUCUUACUGUAUCUGUGUGUUCUGUGUGUGUAGUUGCCCCAGUGAUGGAGAGAGUGUCUGGGAACAUUGUGGAGUUUGAGAUGAGCUCCUUGACCCCUGCCACCCACUACACUGUCAAGGUCUAUGCCAUGAGAGCGGCUGCUAAGAGUGCCGCCACCACAACUGAGUUCACCACUGGUGAGUGGCCUAGAGGGCCUAGACCUAGAACAUUCACUCCCACACACAAAUUCAAACUCUCACUUCCAAGUCUGCCAGUUGUUUUUUACCCCCUUACCAUUUCAAACAGACAACCUGAACCUGCAAAAAGAAGGUAAAAAGAAGAUGAAGUACUCAGUCUGAACUAUGCAAUCUCUCUCCUAGAUGUGGAUGCCCCUCAGGACCUGGCAGUCAGUAACAUCCAGACAGAGAACGCCAUGUUGACCUGGAAGGCCCCACGCGCUGACAUCACUGGCUACAUCCUCAGCUUCGAGUCAGCUGACGGCACAAUCCGGGUAAGUAGUGGUCUGCUGGAACCAUAGAAAUAGAACCGUAGAAAUAUAGUAGAUUAUAUUCCAAUAGAAUCUGUUAUAAUAUGGAACCUAUUUCUAUGGGUGGAACAACCUUGCAUUCCUUAAAUUCUAAAAUAGAUUAUUGUUUUGUCCAAGAGGUCAUAAUGAUGCGUCAUUGGGGUGUAAGAAAAAACCUUUUUCUAUUGAUGAAUAAAUAUUCAAGAAAAUCACCUAUAUCAGUCUAUAUUAGGAUAGACACGGUCUCACAGUCUCAGGUAAUAUGGACACUGUCCUAUCUAAAUCCAAUGUAUUUUUAUUAAGUAUUAUUCAUUCUGUAUCUCUGGCGUAUAUUCUGACUACUGGGUUGUGUUGUGGUGUUCCUCCAGGAGGUUGUUCUGAGCCCCACAGCCACCUCCUACAACAUGGCCCAGCUGAGUGUCUCCACUGAGUACUCUGUCAGACUGCAGGCCAUCGCAGGGCCCAAGAGGAGCAGAGUCAUCACCACCGUCUUCACCACCAGUGAGUGUGUUACCACAGUGAUGCCGGAGUCCAGUGGUAGCUCUGCCAACUCCGGACAGAACAUAUCCCCUGGCAAUAGGGUUAUGGAUCCUGCCUCGGCCCCUACUCUCUGUUUUCCUCUGGAUCUGUUUCCCUGACUGUCCCUGUCCAUAAAUGCUAAAAUACGAAAAUAUAUAUAUUUAACAAAGAGUGUAAUGAAUAAUGAAUAGAGAUGGUCUCAGUGGAGGUCACUGUACCCUCUGUUCUGUGCACCAUCCACUGAGACCAUCUCCAUUCAUUAUUCACCUCAAGCUUAGAGUUUGUUGGGCAGAUGGAACUGUUUAGUAACUAAUCCUCUGUGCGUGUGUUUGUGUGCGUUCCUGCAUGCGUUUGUGUGCGUGUGUGUGUGUGUUUGUGUGUGUGUGUGUGUGUGUAGUUGGCGUGCUAUACAAACACCCCAGGGACUGCUCCCAGGCCUUGCUGAAUGGAGACACAGUCUCUGGCGUUCACACCAUCUACCUGGGUGGAGAUGAGAGUCAACCCAUACAGGUCUACUGUGACAUGGCCACGGAUGGAGGUGGAUGGAUUGUAAGUCACUGGCUAGUAUACUGUACAACCCAACUUGGUAACACUUCCUAUGAAGAGCAUACGUAUAAUGCUUUAUAUAACGUCCUUUAUCAUGCUUUAUAAUGUGUUAUGACACUGACUAUAUAAACAAACUCAUAAGAGGUUAUAAAGCUUAUUGAUUCAGAUGUAUCUAAUGUAAUGUAAUGGAUCUUAGUCCAUAGGAUGUUUGAAUGAGUGAGCUGAUGUAGUUUGGCCCCAUUCCAUGCAGGUAUUUGUCCGACGCCAGAGCGGUAAACUGGAGUUCUUCCGCAACUGGAGGAACUACACUGCUGGCUUUGGUGACAUGAACGACGAGUUCUGGCUCGGUAUGAUCAUAUUAUGUUAAACAUUUCAACACACUAAUUGAUUUAGGUAUAGGACUAUUGUAUGAUUAAAUCAAAUCAAAUCAAAUCUUAUUUGUCACAUGCGUCAAAUACAACAGGUGUAGACCUUACAGUGAAAUGAUUACUUACAAGCCCUUAACCAACAAUGCAGUUUUAAGAAAAAUAAGUGUUAAGUAAAAAAUUGAUAAGUAAAAAAUAAAAUCUAAUUUAAUCUAAAUAAUUAAAGAGCAGCAGUAAAAUAAAAUAACAGUAGGGAGGCUAUAUACAGGAGAUACCGGUACAGCGUCAAUGUGCAGGGGCACAGGUUAGGCGAGGUAAUUGAGGUAAUAUGUACAUGUGGGUAGAGUUAAAGUGACUAUGCAUAGAUAAUAAACAGAGAGUAGCAGCAGCUUAAAAGAGGGGGUGGGGGGUGGUGGGGUGAGGGGACAAUGCAAAUAGUCCGGGUAGCCAUGAUUAGCUGUUCAGGAGUCUUAUGGCUUGGGGGUAGAAGCUGUUAAGAAGCCUUUUGGUAUAGAUGUCCUGGAUGGCAGGAAGCUUGGCCCCAGUGAUGUACUGGGCCGUACGCACUACCCUCUGUAGUGCCUUGCGGUCGGAGACCGAGCAGUUGCCAUACCAGGCAGUGAUGCAACCAGUCAGGAUGUUCUCGAUGGUGCAGCUGUAGAACUUUUUGAGGAUCUGAGGACCCAUGCCAAAUAUUUUCAGUCUCCUGAGGGGGAAUAGGCUUUGUCGUGCCCUCUUCACGACUGGCUUGGUGUUUUUUGUAGUUUGAUGGUGAUGUGGACACCAAGGAACUUGAAGCUUUCAACCUGUUCCACUACAGCCCGUCGAUGAGAAUGGGGGUGUGCUCAGUCCUAUUUUUUUUCCUGUAGUCCACAAUCAUCUCCUUUGUCUUGAUCACAUUGAGGGAGAGGUUGUUGUCCUGGCACCACUGUUGUGUCACCGGCAAACUUAAUGAUGGUGUUGGAGUCGUGCCUGGCCAUCUGUGGAUCUGUUGGGGCGGUAUGCAAAUUGGAGUGGGUCUAGGGUUUCUGGGAUAAUGAUGUUGAUGUGAGCCAUGACCAGCCUUUCAAAACACUUCAUGGCUCCAGCGUGAGUGCUACGGGUCGGUAGUCAUUUAGGCAGGUUGUCUUAGUAUUCUUGGGCACAGGGACUAUGGUGGUCUGCUUGAAACAUGUUGGUAUUACAGACUCAGUCAGGGACUUGUUGAAAAUGUCAGUGAAGACAAUUGCCAGGUGGUCAGCGCAUGCUCGGAGUACGUGUCCUGGUAAUCCGUCUGGCCCUGCGGCCUUGUGAAUGUUUAAAAGUCUUACUCACAUCGGCUACGGAGAGCGUGAUCACAUAGUCAUCCAGAACAGCUGAUGCUCUCAUGCAUGCUUCAGUGUUGCUUGCCUCGAAGUGAGCAUAGAAGUGAUUUAGCUCGUCUGAUAGGCUCGUGUCACUGGGCAGCUCGUGGCUGUGCUUCCCUUUGUAGUCUAUAAUAGUUUGCAAGCCUUGCCACAUCCGACGAGCGUCGGAGCCGGUGUAGUACAAUUCAAUCUUAGUCCUGUAUUGACUCUUUGCCUGUUUUAUGGUUCGUCGGCGGGCAUAGCAGGAUUUCUUAUAAGUGUCCGUGUUAGAGUCCCGCUCCUUGAAAGCGGCAGCUCUAGCCUUUAGCUCAGUGCGGAUGUUGCCUGUAAUACAUGGCUUCUGGUUAGGGUAUGUAUGUACGGUCACUGUGGAGACGACGUCAUCAAUGCACUUAUUGAUGAAGCCAGUGACUGAUGUGGUGUACUCCUCAAUGCCAUCGGAAGAAUCCCGGAACAUAUUCCAGUCUGUGCUAGCAAAACAGUCCUGUAGCUUAGCAUCUGCGUCAUCUGACCACUUCCUUAUUAACUGAGUCAAUGGUGCUUCCUGCUUUAGUUUUUGCUUAUAAGUAGGAAUCAGGAAGAUAGAAUUAUGGUCAGAUUUGCCAAAUGGAGGGUGAGGGAGAGCUUUGUACGCGUCUCUGUGUGUGGAGUAAAGGUGGUCUGGAGUUUAUUUUCCUCUGGUUGCACAUUUAACAUGCUGGUAGAAAUUAGGUAGAACAUAUUACGUUUUCCUGCAUUAAAGUCCCCAGCCACUAGGAGCGCUGCCUCUGGAUGAGCGUUUUCCUGUUUGCUUAUGGCCUUAUACAGCUCAUUGAGUGCAGUCUUAGUUCCAGCAUCGGUUUGUGGUGGUAAAUAGACAGCUACGAAAAAUGUAGAUGAAAACUCUCUUGGUAAAUAGUGUGGUCUACAGCUUAUCUACCUCAGGUGAGCAAAACCUAGAGACUUCCUUAAUAUUAGAGUUUGUGCACCAGCUGUUGUUUACAAAUAUACACAGACCGCCACCCCUUAUCUUACCGGAGUCAGCCGUUCUAUCCUGCCGAUGUAGCGUAUAUCCCGCCAGCUGUACGUUAUCCAUGUCGUCGUUCAGCCACGACUCGGUGAAACAUAAGAUAUUACAGUUUUUAAUGUCCCGUUGGUAGGAUAUCCGUGAUCGUAGGUUGUUUAUUUAGUUUUCCAAUGAUUGUACGUUGGCUAAUAGGACUGAUGGUAGAGGCAGAUUACUCGCUCCCCGUCGGAUCCUUACAAGGCACCCCGACCUAUGUCCACGAUUAGGCUGGACAAUAGAAUGAGUCAAAUUUCACCCAAGUCUGAAAAACGGCCAAAGAACGUUGGUUGAGCCUCUUUUAAUUCAUUUGCAAGGCCAUAGCAAAUGAAUUAAAACUAACCUUCGCUGAGCCUCUUUUGACUGGAAUGGUCCUUAGAAUUCAAUUUUCCCUAAAUGGCACAAAAAAAUGAAUACCUUUUCAUUUUACUACUACAAUCUGAAAAAUAACAACUUGUGUAGAAAGUAAACAUUCGCACCUCGAUGGUGCCAAGUGUGCUUAUGUCUGCAUAACGAGGAAGUAGGAAAAAAUGGCAACUUCUGACAAUUUCUGGUCAACGAUCGAUGCUGCUAUUUGCCUUUUUUUGUGUUAGAAAUGUUGUGGUUUGAACUAGGCCUCUAUGGGAAAGCGUGGCAAUAACUUAUUAACUUCUCAUUAGUCACAGAUUGACUUCUCUGAUGACAUGGCAGGCAGGCAGACAGGCAGCACACCUGAAUUUCAGCAAAGCAAAGGCUAUUUAAAGAGCUACCAGAUUUAUUUAAAAAGCACAUUUUCUGUGUCCAGUGUCUGGGUUUAUAUGUUAAGGGGGUGUUACUUUGGCAUAUAAUGUUACCCAUGUAAAGAAAGUGUUUUUUAAAUAAUUAACUAAAUCUAUGGUGUUUUAUGUACAGUGGGGAGAACAAGUAUUUGAUACACUGCGGAUUUUGCAGGUUUUCCUACUUAAAAAGCAUGUAGAGGUCUGUAAUUUUUAUCAUAGGUACACUUCAACUGUGAGAGACGGAAUCUAAAACAAAAAUCCAGAAAAUCACAUUGUAUGAUUUUUAAGUAAUUCAUUUGCAUUUUAUUGCAUGACAUAAGUAUUUGAUCACCUACCAACCAGUAAGAAUUCCGGCUCUCACAGACCUGUUAGUUUUUCUUUAAGAAGCCCUCCUGUUCUCCACUCAUUACCUGUAUUAACUGCACCUGUUUGAACUCGUUACCUGUAUAAAAGACACCUGUCCACACACUCAAUCAAACAGACUCCAACCUCUCCACAAUGGCCAAGACCAGAGAGCUGUGUAAGGACAUCAGGGAUAAAAUUGUAGAACUGCACAAGGCUGGGAUGGGCUACAGGACAAUAGGCAAGCAGCUUGGUGAGAAGGCAACAACUGUUGGCGCAAUUAUUAGAAAAUGGAUGUUCAAGAUGACGGUCAAUCACCCUCAGUCUGGGGCUCCAUGCAAGAUCUCACCUCAUGGGGCAUCAAUGAUCAUGAGGAAGGUGAGGGAUCAGCCCAGAACUACACGGCAGGCUCUGGUCAAUGACCUGAAGAGAGCUGAGACCACAGUCUCAAAGAAAACCAUUAGUAACACACUACGCCGUCAUGGAUUAAAAUCCUUCAGCGCACGCAAGGCCCCCCUGCUCAAGCCAGCGCAUGUCCAGGCCCGUCUGAAGUUUGCCAAUGACCAUCUGGAUGAUCCAGAGGAGGAAUGGGAGAAGGUCACGUGGUCUGAUGAGACAAAAAUGAGCUUUUUGGUCUAAACUCCACUCGCCGUGUUUGGAGGAAGAAGAAGGAUGAGUACAACCCCAAGAACACCAUCCCAACCAUGAAGCAUGGAGGUGGAAACAUCAUUAUUUGGGGAUGCUUUUCUGCAAAGGGGACAGGACGACUGCACCGUAUUGAGGGGAGGAUGGAUGGGGCCAUGUAUCGCGAGAUCUUGGCCAACAACCUCCUUCCUUCAGUAAGAGCAUUGAAGAUGGGUCGUGGCUGGGUCUUCCAGCAUGACAACGACCCAAAACACACAGCCAGGGCAACUAAGGAGUGGCUCCGUAAGAAGCAUCUCAAGGUCCUGGAGUGGCCUAGCCAGUCUCCAGACCUGAACCCAAUAGGAAAUCUUUGGAGGGAGCUGAAAGUCCGUAUUGCACAGCGACAGCCCCGAAACCUGAAGGAUCUGGAGAAGGUCUGUAUGGAGGAGGGGGCCAAAAUCCCUGCUGCAGUGUGUGCAAACCUGGUCAAGACCUACAGGAAACAUAUGAUCUCUGUAAUUGCAAACAAAGGUUUCUGUACCAAAUAUUAAGUUCUGCUUUUCUGAUGUAUCAAAUACUUAUGUCAUGCAAUAAAAUGCAAUUUAAUUACUUAAAAAUCAUACAAUGUGAUUUUCUGGAUUUUUGUUUUAGAUUCCGUCUCUCACAGUUGAAGUGUACCUAUGAUAAAAAUUACAGACCUCUACAUGCUUUGUAAGUAGGAAAACCUGCAAAAUCGGCAGUGUAUCAAAUACUUGUUCUCCCCACUGUAUAUGCGAAUGGUCCAUCAGUUUUAUUGUUAUGCUGUAAAUGUUUAUUUUAUGGUUGUAAAAUGAACUAGAAAAUAUUUUAUAUUCAGCAAUUCUGAGUAAUUACUACUUCAGUAAGGAUAUACACUUUAUUCAGUGACCUUAGGUAUAGAAACGUUGAUGGUCUGAUCAGAUUGUUUAAAAAAAUUAAUGAACUGCAACUACUAUAUAAUUCCAAUAGAUGGAAGCAUAAGGCCACAAAUGAAAUUUCAGAAGAUCCGUUUUCUCCAUGGAUACACCACUUAGUUUUGAAAUUAUACUUUGUUACUAUAACGAUUAUCAAUAAGCCUGAACAUUAAUUCAGUCACCUCUGGUCGACAAAAACGUAUUUUCCUAGUACACUCAUUGUCAAAUGUAUCAACCAGAAAAGAGACGCUCUGCCUUCUCGCACAAGUAGCCAACUCAACAAGAUCUUAUGCUCCCAUCUAUUGGAAAUAUUUAGCAAUUAAAAUUUAUUCAUUCACAUAAAGACAUUGGUGAGGCAGCUGAGAAAUAAAGUGUAUCCAAAUGCUGGACUAGUUUUACCAGUCAGGUUUAGGGUUACUGUUAGGGUUAGGGUUACCAUUACAGCUGUAGGUGCAUUGUGUUACCAGUCAGGGUUAGGGUUACAGUUAAGAUUAGAAUUACUGUGACCAUUACAGCUAUAGGUGCAUUGUGUUACAAGUCAGGGUUAGGGUUAGGUUUAUGGUUAGACAAAUGGUGACCAUUACAGCUAUAGGUGCAUUGUGUUACCAGUCAGGGUUAGGGUUACAGUUAAGAUUAGAAUUACUGUGACCAUUACAGCUAUAGGUGCAUUGUGUUACAAGUCAGGGUUAGGGUUAGGUUUAUGGUUAGACAAAUGGUGACCAUUACAGCUAUAGGUGCAUUGUGUUACAAGUCAGGGUUAGGGUUAGAGAAAUUGUGACCAUUACAGCUAUAGGUGCACUGUGUUACCAGUCAGGGUUAGGGUUAGGGCUAAAAUAGGUUAUUCCUAGGGUUAGGUUUUUUAAGGCAAAAAAACAGAAUGGGUUUAUAGCGCUCUUGUUACUCCCUGUGGGCUUCUGUGGGUACUACAUAACUCAUUCGCGACACUUGCUAGGCUCAUAAUCUGAGGUAGCAACUGCGUCAGAUCUACCAAUCAAUGAGCUAGACCUUUCCAUUUGCUUUGCAACUCAGUGAACCUGGGCAGCAUUCGCUCAAUUCGAUGCCUACGAACAAACAGAUUUCGGCGCAUUUCAAAUUACUCAGCAGCCAUUUGAAAACAACAAAUCGUUAAAAAAAAGGUUAUUUCUUAAUUAAAGAAUGUAUUCUGGCUGUUUAAAUCGGCACAUCUUGAAAAAGACGAUACGGACAUUGGUUUUGUUCAGGUUUACACCUUUUUCUGAAAAAAGAUAUGGUUAACCAUGACCAGAAAAUGUUUAAUGUUUAAUGGGUAUGCGCCAACCUGUACGACGAGGAUAUGGGCCUUGUCGGGUGUCUGUAGAAUAUUCUUCAUGUCCGACUCGUUGAAUAAGAAAUAUUCGUCCAAUACGAGGCGAGUAAUCGCUGUCCUGAUAUCCGGAAGCUCUUUUUGGUCAUAGAAGACGGUGGCAGAAACAUUAUGUACAGAAUAAAUUACAAAUAGCGCGAAAAAACACAUAAUAGCACAAUUGGUAAGGGGCCGUUGAAUCCAUGUAGUAUUUUGUCAAAUGUUUAAUCAUCUUAAAUCUUAAAUCUUUUAGAUUAGAUCCACAGAGGAAAUUCAUUUCCACAGCUCCCACAUUUACAUAAAAAGUAGCCUAGACUUGAUUUUAUAUCUUUUUCUCCAAAGGCCUGUCAAACCUCCAUAAGAUCACAGUAGCAGGACAGUAUGAGCUUCGUGUGGACCUCAGAGACAAGGGGGAUGCAGCCUAUGCCCAGUAUGACAAGUUUUCAAUCUCUGAGCCCCGCAGUCGCUACAAGGUCCACGUUGGAGGCUACAGUGGUACCGCAGGUAAGCCUUCCUUCUAUACAACCAUUAGAUACCUAAUACAAAGUCCAAGAAAGCGUCCCAAAUGGCCCCCUAUUCUCUACAUAGCGCACCAUUUUUGACCAGCGCCCAAAAGUAGUGCACUAUAGAGGGAAUAGGGUGCCUUUUGGGAUGCACAUCAAAUAGAUAGGCUAAACCUAAGUUAUAAAGUACUUUACAUGGUGUUAGGUGUGAGUAUGAUGUGAGCAUGGAUUCAAAGCCUCCUUUCUCAAGACUGAUCACUUUCUCUCUGCUGCGCUGUGUAGGUGAUUCUAUGACCUACCACCAUGGUCGCCCAUUCUCAACCUACGACCAUGACAAUGACAUCGCCGUCACAAACUGUGCCCUGUCCUACAAGGGUGCCUUCUGGUAUAAGAACUGCCAUCGCGUCAACCUUAUGGGACGAUAUGGAGAUGACAGUCAUAGCAAGGUGAGCGCACAUAUUCUUGAAAGUACAAAACUAACAGCAAUUUCUACAUCCCAUAUUUAAAAAAUACUUCUGUAGUGCAGUAUGAAACUGUUGACAGAAAUGUUAGGAUACAAAUUGACUGUGUAAAGGUAAAGGAGGAAAUUCAAGGCAUUUGUGUUAAUAAAAUAACUUGUCACUACUUACCUUACUCUGUGUUCUUCAGGGAGUCAACUGGUUCCAUUGGAAAGGCCACGAGCACUCCAUUGAGUUUGCUGAGAUGAAGAUCAGGCCAUCCAACUUCAGGAACUUUGAGGGAAGGAGGAAACGAUCGUAA